GCUAAAGGCACGGGCUGCUGCUGAUGCUGCUGAUGCUGCUGGGGCGCAGGAUCCAGGCCAUGCUCGCCUUGCAUCAGAGGAACAUGCCUUGCUGUAAAGACCCAUGCUUUGGAGUCACUGGGAACAGACGCACUCUGAUUCCAGUGAUUGCCGACAGAGAUGCAUCUUGCUGUUGAUAAGAGCAAAGGCCCAUCCGGACCAAGACAAGACAGCAAUGGCAAAAAGAGAUUACUUGGUGGAGGCGGCCAAGCAGAUCCGCAUGGCACUGGACAGUGAGGUGAAUGAGGACUAUGAGGCAGCUUUCAGUUACUAUAAGAAUGGCGUGGACCUACUGCUGAAUGGGGUUCAGUUGGACCCAAACAAGGAUCGGCGGGAGGCUGUGAAAAGAAAAACAACCCAGUAUUUGAAGCGAGCGGAAGAAAUCUUUAUAACACAUCUGCAGGAUAACCUGGGAAAGGGGAGCUCUCAUUUAGGGGGCUACAGCAGUCUGAGAUUCCGCCCAAUCAGACACCUGAGUUCACCUGUAGAGGAUCUGGAGAUGUGCAAGGUUGUGGGAGUGGCUGAUAAGGUCCUGAUUGUCCAAAGCAUGGUCAACAAGGAGAUGUUUGUUGUAAAGAGCCUGGUUAAGUCUAGCUGGGAGAGCAGAGACCAGCCAACCAUCAUUCCUCAAGGGGUGCCAUACAUGGUUAAGCUGCUUAGAUACUACGUCAGCGAGGAUGCCGUAUAUCUGCAUUUGGAGCAUGUCAAAGGUGGGAGGCUCUUCUCCAAGCUGCAUAAGCUGAGAAACGAGAAGGGUAAGGAACACCCGGAAUGCUUCACAUCUCGGCAGCACAACAUCAAGCUGAAGGCCAGCCGCACCUCGCCCUCAAUCAACACAGACUACCAGCAGAACAAAAGAACAGCGGUGAUUCCUGAGAAGCUAAGCGAUGAAAGCCCAGAUGCAGACUUCCCAAUCUCAUGGGAUGAGACUCAGCAGCGGCUGGAGAGCUGCGGGACUCACUCCUACAUCGAGGAAACGGGUUGUCUGCAGAACACGCGCUCUGCAGCAUCUUUUUACACCAAGCUUGAUCGACUCACUCUGCUGUCUGGCCCAACGGGGACACAGGUCAAAACUCAUAUCCACCCACCAGCUCCUAGUUUGUGUUUGCACUCUAGUGAAACUCAGGAAAAGCCAGCUCUUCCUCUCUCCUGCACUCGUGUCAGUCAAGCUCUCGAUGUCAUGUCGGAGCUCCAUAAAAAGACAGCUGGAAUGGGGCUGUUAGAGUGCAGCUCCGAUUUUGAAGUGGCUUGGAAAGCUGCGGAUCCAGUGCACAACUGUGAGAAAAUAAACCCCUAUGCAGUGACUGAUGAUGAGUUACCCCUAGAACGAACUGCACCUCAAACAAAUCAGGACUUAUUUAUUAAAGCAGGAUCACCAAACAGUGAAAAUAUUUUGAGUUCUUCUCCUGCCAUUUUGCAUCUUCCUCUUCAUUGCCAAACCCAGAUCCAUGGCAGGGCAUCGUGGGAUAUGAAUGGCUCUCCCCAGGGAUCUGUUUUAAGUGGAAACUCUGCUGAAAUAAACACAAAGCAAGAAAGCAGCAGUCCCACUGUAGAAGAAAGAAAUGGGAUGGUAGUCAUCAGAAGCACAGACAGAGCAGUAUUUUCUGACUAUACAGAUACACAACUCACCUCAGACAGUUCUUGGACUUCCUCAGCUUCCCUCUGCCACAAUAUUCCAGAAAAAAAACAUGUAUUUUCACGGGUUCCCUUGGCUCUUUCAGGAGUUGAUUAUAAAGGAGACGCCUGCUCAAGUGAGGCAAAAGGUGUAGAUGGUGUAGAGGAGGCCUGUGAGCUGCUAAGCCCUGGAGAAAAGUGUGUACCUCCAACAGACAGAUCAUUUGUAGGCUGGUUCUCCUCUGGCUCGCAUGGAGCCCCACCUAACAGGAAGAGAGAGGAUGUGGAUGGUUUCCUAAAACCAGAAAGACCAGAUGAUCAAAGAGAAGACCAGAUCAUAGAGGUGGAUGGCUGGUGCCACCUGCCUCGAUUCCCUGUCAAGUCCCCUGGACCUGCAGAUAAAUCCAUGCAGACCUGCUGGGGCCUUCCCGAGAAUGAAGUGCGUGUCUGGGGGGCACAGAUCUUGUUGGCCCUGGAGAGCCUGCAUCAGCAAGGUAUCCUGUGUCGGGAUCUUAAUCCUAGAAAUGUUCUGCUCACUGGCAACGGAAAGGUGUGUCUGACAUUCUUCAGCCAGUGGAGCGAGGUUCAGUCAGAGAUUAGCUCCAAAGCCAUGGAACAGAUGUACUGUGCUCCAGAAAUCGGUGGAGUGUCCAGGAUUACAGAGGCCUGUGAUUGGUGGAGUCUUGGGGCUUUGCUGUUUGAACUUCUUACAGGAAUGCCUUUGUGGCAGCUCCAUCCAGCAGGAAUCCACUCCCACACUCAGCUGCUCGUCCCCGACCACCUGAGCGCUGCAGCCGCUUCUCUGCUCACUGAGCUGCUCCAGUUUGAUGCUGGUUAUCGCCUGGGCUCUGGAGGUGGGGGUGUAAGUGACAUCAAAUGUCAUCCCUUCUUCAACGGAGUCUCCUGGAAGGCUCUGAGCUGCUAGCAGGACACGAUCCCUGCGUGUUACACCGGAUUUGAAAAAGAACACUGGGCUGAAUCCAAGCAUCCUGAUGUGGCCCUAAUGGUUGCAGCAGCAUACGCUGGUUUCAGCAGAAUGUUGUGGUUCCCAAAGAAAUAUGACGUAAUAAAAACUGAAAGACAAAAUGGUGAACUGUCCCAUACACAGUGAAACAGAUGGAUUAUUUUAAACGCUUGAGAUGGAACGUAAAAUAUAUUUGAUGUGAUUUUGAUAGUUUUACAUAUCAACUUCACUAUCACCACACAUGAAACCUGAUGCCAACUAAACCUAACUUGUGACAAAAAAAAUUGGACUACUUAAUGUAGAAAAACAAUGAUGAACAAUGAAUAAA